AUGCUGUGUGGUCUGAGGAGAGACACCAAGAACAGCAUCGAUGAAGGACCAUACUCGAAGGGGGGCAAGGAGUCCGGGGGAACUGACCAAUCACAUUCAUCCAUGAGGCGCAGCCUUUCAGAAGAGUACCGAGGAGUGACCACAGUGGACCUGAUGAAGAGGGAAGGCAGCAGCCUUGGCCUCACCAUCUCCGGAGGGUCUGAUAAGGAUGGCAAGCCCAGAGUGUCAAACCUACGGCCAGGUGGGCUAGCUGCCAGGAGUGACCAGCUGAAUGUAGGAGACUACAUCAAGUCAGUGAAUGGCAUCAACCUGUCGAAGCUUCGCCAUGAUGAGAUUAUCAGCCUGCUGAAGAACAUCGGGGAGCGAGUUGUGCUGGAGGUGGAGUACGAGCUGCCUCCGUUCGUCCAGACCCCCUCAGGAGUCAUAACCAAAACCAUAGAGGUGUGUUUACACAAGGAGGGGAACAGCUUUGGGUUUGUCAUGAGAGGAGGCUUCCAUGAAGACUGGCGCAGGUCUCGUCCUCUGGUGGUUACCCACGUCAGACCAGGGGGUCCUGCUGACAGAGAAGGCACUUUGAAGGCUGGAGACCGAGUGCUGAGCAUAGACGGGAUGCCUUUAAACAGAGAGAAGCACGCUGACGCUUUGACCAUGCUGAUGCAGAGCGGCCAGGAAGCUCUGUUCCUGAUUGAGUAUGACGUCUCUGUCAUGGAGGCAGUGCAGCAAGCCUCAGGCCCUCUGCUGGUGGAAAUAGUGAAGGGUCCCUCUGCCAGCCUGGGGAUCAGCCUCACCACAACAAUAUACAGAAGCAAACAAGUUAUUAUUAUUGACAAGAUAAAGGCAGCUAGCGUGGUGGAAAGGUGUGGAGCGCUGCAUGCAGGUGACAUCCUCCUGUCCAUAGACGGGACGAGCACAGAACACUGCUCCCUGAUGGAGGCCACGCAGCUACUGGCCAGCACCUCAGACAUUGUCAAACUAGAGAUUCUUCCAGCUAGUCAGAGCAGACUUCCUGUCAGGCCACAAGACACAGUAAAAGUGCAGAAGAGCAACUAUCAUCACUGGGACCAAAGCAGCAACUACUGCCAUCCCCCACAUGCCAGCCACAGUAAGACAUGGAGCAGCCCAAGCCACCCACACAACCAGCAGGACCACUGCAAAUCUCUGGUGAGUGGUGGCUUCUCCCCUUCCUCCACAGCCACCUCAGGCUUCAGCAGCCAGGGUAGCAAUACACUGCCCUGCCCCAUCCCUUCGAUCGCUCCCACCAGCCCUCGCAGCUCGACCGGCAAGAGGAGGAACAGGAAGAAGGACCACAAGAGCUCACUAUCUCUGGCGUCCAGUUCUGUCGGCCCAGGGGGGCAGGUUUUUCAUGUGGAAACAAGCGAGGUCGUCCUGAGGGGGGAUCCGCUCACAGGUUUCGGGAUCCAGCUGCAGGGGGGUGUCUUUGCCACAGAGACCCUGUCCGCUCCCCCAGUCAUCCGCUUUAUUGAGCCCGACAGCCCAGCUGAGAGGUGUGGGCUGCUGCAGGUUGGAGACAGACUGUUGUCCAUUAAUGGGAUCCCGACAGAAGACGGCACUUUGGAGGAAGCCCAUCAGCUGCUCCGAGACUCCGCUUUGGCCAAUAAGGUCACAGUAGAGAUUGAGUUUGACGUUGCAGAGUCAGUGGUUCCCAGCAGUGGCACCUUCCAUGUUAAACUACCCAAGAGGAGAGGAGUGGAGCUGGGCAUCACCAUCAGUGCAAGUAAGAAGCCUGGCAAGCCCCUCAUCAUCUCUGACAUCAGAAAAGGCAGCAUAGCACACAGAACAGGCACUCUGGAGCCUGGAGACAGGCUGCUGGCCAUCGACAGCGUGCGUCUGGAGAACUGCACCAUGGAGGAUGCCAUGCACAUCCUGCAGCAGGCCGAGGAAAUGGUCAAACUGCGAAUCCAGAAGGAUGAGGACAAUAUUGAUGAGUUGGAGAUGUCAGGCUCCAUAAUCUACACAGUUGAGCUGAAGAGAUACAACGGACCACUAGGCAUCACCAUUUCUGGCACAGAGGAGCCCUUUGACCCCAUCGUCAUUUCUGGCCUCACCAAGAAGGGCCUGGCAGAGAGGACCGGGGCCAUCCAUAUAGGGGACAGAGUCCUGGCCAUCAAUGGGGUCAGUUUAAAAGGAAAGCCGCUGAGCGAGGCCAUCCACCUCCUGCAGAUGGCCGGGGAGUCCGUCACCCUUAAGAUCAAGAAACAAGCCGACCAGUCUGAUGGCCGACAGCCCUCGGACAGAGAGGCUGGGUUUCUAAGUGACACAGAGGAUGAACUGACAGACUCCCAGAAGACCAGUAAACACUCAGAGGUCUACUCUGCCACUGUUCCCAGUAUAGACUCUGCCAUGAACUCCUGGGAUAGCUCGGGGUUCGACGCAGGCUACAGUAGCCAAGGGACAUAUCUUCACAAGGCAUCCGAUCUGUUGCUCAAUCCAAAUGAUUGGAGGCGCACAAAGCACAGGACCCAAACCAGUUCGAGCUCUGCAGGUUUAGUCCACCACACAGCACUGUAUGAUGGGAGAUUCACUGAGGAUGAAUGGGACAAGAUACCUGGAUUCGUCAGCCCCCCUCGUUGCCAUGGCACCCUGAACCAGGAGGACAGCUUCUGGUCCCAGGCUCUGCAGGACCUUGAGACCUGCGGCCAGUCAGAGAUUCUCAGGGAGCUGGAGGCAUCCAUGACAGGCAGUACACUUAGUCUGUACCUAGAGGAGACCAAGACCAAUGAGGACUUGAUUUUUCAGUCUGAAAUUAGUCCGAUUAAGAGGGAGGGAAUCUCUGCCGACUCUAAGAACAAAAGCAACCUGAACAUGUCGACUGGAGCCAGAGACGUACCAGCCAGGGGUAAAGGGGACCCCUGCGAUAUUUUGUCCCCUACAACUCUGGCACUGCACAAGGUGACAAUAAGGAAAGACCUUGAGAGCCAUGACUUUGGUUUCAGUGUAUCCGACGGGCUCCUGGAGAAAGGGGUUUAUGUCAACAUGAUCCGCCCGGAUGGCCCAGCUGACCAGGCAGGUUUAAAGCCUUUCGACCGCAUUCUUCAGGUGAACCGUGUGAGGACCAGGGACCUGGACUGUUGUCUAACUGUGCCCCUAAUUAUGGAGACUGGCGACUGCCUGAACUUGGUCAUUAGCAGGAAUCCACUGGCAGCAGCAGAUACCGGGCUGCCCGACGACUGUGACGACCCCUCAAACUCCCUGUCCUGUUUUCCUGAACACAGGACCAACAGCAUCGCCGUGUGACCACAAAGACAAACACUAGCUGUUGAAACACUGUAGUGCUGGGACCUCACUCACUCACUCACUCACUCACUCACACACUCAAGUCACGCCAGGUUAGGUUUUUGUCACAUUGUACCUCUCAGAGAGACCAUCACAAUGAUGUUCAGCGCACAGAGAAUCCUCUCAAACGCACAAUCACAAACAGCCCCUCUCCACCGCCUGAAAGCAUCUCUCGCUCACAAAGUUACAAAUGCAUGUGUUCACUCUCGCUGGUUUUAGUCACUGUGUUCACAUGAUGCAGUUCAGUGGUGGCCCUUCCCCCCCUUUUCCCUCUCCAGAGGCAAAGCCACAUGUAGAGUUAUAUAACUGGCGAGUCAUAGCUUCUGACGGAGCCAGGAUGUCAACACACACGUCCCAGCUCUGGAGAGAGUCGAACGCUGCGCGCGCGCACACACUGGAUAAAUUUACGAUCUUUUGCUUUAAUUGGAUUCAUGUUCUCAUUGAAAGAAGAUCAACCCAGUUGUGUGAAGUGGGUUAUUUUCUUUGUUGUGCACAAAAGACUCACAUGCAAUCCUUUAUAUGCAUAUAAAAGACACACACACUGACACAUCGGGCGUUAGUGGACUGAGUUAUUUCAGCCACGUGUUGGCUCACUGCCCUCGUUUCCAGUCUCUCCUCCACACUGCCUGCCCUAGAGAAGGGACAGUGCCUCCAAAUAGACAGAAUGCUCUCUGCUACUUGCCAAGUGUCACUAACUAUAUUUUAAAGCCCCUUAUAUCUUAAUACCAUGAAUGCUUGUGAAGACACUCUACCCUUUCCGUUUUAAAGUAGGUGUCCUUUGACGGAUGAAUAGUUUCUAAAUGGUUCCAGAGAGACUCCAGUGUUCAGAGAUAAUGUUGCAUUUUUGGAUUUUUUUUUUUUUUUUUUUUUUUUUGUUACCGUCCUGAUGACUCAAACACGUUUACAAAGAUAUUGUUUUCAGUUUCACAUUCUGCACGUUUCUUUGUAUCACUACCUUUGCACAUAACCCACAUUUCUCUAUUGACACCCCCCCCCCUUUAGAUCUAUGAUCGACGAGUUCAAGUCUCCCUUGCACUUUUACACACAUUUCGCUUUCACUGUGUGGCUCUGAGUGUCUGGUCUAUCGCUGAUGCUUCCUUAAGUGAAUCACAUCCUUUACCAAAACAGAGGAUGAAAUGCCUUUCAAUUUUCAUUGAUGAAUGAUUUCCCUCCACAUGUGACUGGAUUUAUCAUAAGUGUGUUACUCUCUGCAGUAGCUGUUUCUCCUACCAGUAUCUAGAAGCAUGUUCCGCAUGCAUUAGGUUUGUCUUCAGCGCGUAGCUCCUCCUUGUAAUAUAAAAAUACUGGAGUAAUCCGUUUGCGCCGACUGGAUCUUUGUGAGAGUGCUCCCUUUUUUUCUUUUUUUUUUUCUUUU